CCAAGAAGUGAUGCAGGCCGAGGAUGACGAGUUUGUUGGCAAUGAUGAAGUAUCCAAUUCUUGGCAUUGCUAUGUGCGCUUCUGUGAAGAGGCGAUAUCUAAGAGGAAGGCCCGACCGCUCUUCCGAUUCUUUUCGAUGACUUGAACUAUGAGCAUGGCGCUUAAUGUCCUCACGAGGCCUUUAACCUCUUGUAAUUUCAGGAUUUCUGCCCUCUAGCUACAUGACCAACGGCCGAUGAUUCUCUAUCUCUAUCGGCUCUUGUUCUUUGUAGGAUUGGCCUUUUGAGUGUGUUGGGUCAGUAAUCGGGAAUCACAAAUUUAUAUCACGCUAUUUUCUGGGUACCACAUGUCUCUGCCUGGAGGUUAGCUGUGCCAAGUUGACAGCAUGCGAGAAAGAAUCUCGAGCUGGCCGGUUAUGUGAUAGAAUUUCGAGUGACUUCACGAGGGAAGCAAAUUCUUUUGGGACUUCAUCGAGUUGCUUGAUCCAUGGGAGUCGUGGUGGUACAAAUCGGCCAAGGAGGCAAUCAAAUGGGUUAUGCUCUCUUCGAAUGUCUGGCUUCGAUGGCAGUUUCGCCACCAACUGAGUUUUUCCGAUCAGCACAGCCUCAUAGCGCAGCUGUCAAGGCCCGUGCUGUCCUGGUUGACAUGGAACCGAAGGUUAUACAGGGAAUUGUAAAGCGUGCGAAAACUGCUGCUGUUCAAGCUCACAGAUCAGCUUGGACUUAUGAUGCCCAACGGCUAGUCGCUCAGAACAGUGGUUCUGGUAACAACUGGGCUCGGGGAUACUAUGGCCACGGUCCUCAAUGUCUUGACUCGGUCCUGGAUGCCAUACGUCUCGAGGUGGAGCAGUGUGAUGUUUUUGGAGGCUUCGUCAUACUGCAAAGUUUGGCAGGUGGUACUGGAGCAGGACUAGGAGCAUACUUGGUGGAGGCAUUGAGGGAUGAGUAUCCUUCAUCCUUCAUUCUUAGUCACUGCAUCUGGCCGUAUGAGAGUGGAGAAGUCAUAGUUCAAAACUACAAUGUACUGCUCACUCUGUCUCAUCUACAAAGUUUCGCUGAUGGUGUAAUCAUUGUGCAGAAUGAACAGCUAAGUGCUAUAUGCCGAACUCUACUUGGCGUUCUGCGACCAUCUUUUGAUGACAUUAACGAAGUGGCGGUUGAAGCGCUAGGAUGUGCUCUUCUGCCCUCUUACUGGAGAACAGUCCAACCGAGUACCCAAACCAUUCAGACAGAUGUAGUAAGCUGUAGGCCCGAGAUUAGACGAGGUGGCCCUUCGUCUACGAGGCCUGGAGUUCGGCUCCUAUCAGACUUGCUUUCAGUUUUAUGUUCUCACCCGGGAUAUCGAAUGAUGACCAUGCGUUUCACUCCUCAGGUUCCAGCCCAGUCAUUGGAUUUCACUAACUUCACGUGGGCCGCUCAAUUAAAACACCUCCGACAGAUGCUCAUCACUGGAGCACAUAAGGAACUUGAAAUGGAUUGGAAUGUUAAGCUUCCAACCUCAUCAGUUCAUGAGCACAAACGAGGUGUUUUCCCGACGAAUGGUCAUCAUCAGAUUAACAGGUCUCUUGCAAACCUUCUCAUAUUAAGAGGCAGCGGGAGUGAUAACGCUGAUGUGAGUGAUUUUGCGGAUGUCAGAAUGUAUCCUAUCUGGCAGGUGGAUCCAUUAUCAGUGGCAGCUUGCUCCACUUCUUAUGGAAGAUACGAAAUAGCUGCUGGUCUUCUCAGCAACUGUCAAUCAUCAGUACUGCCGGCAUCAAGAGCCUUGACUAGAGCUUACAACAUGUUUGCAUCGAAAGCGUUCUUGCAUCAGUAUUUCGAGCAUGGAAUGGAAGCGGCCUCUUUCGAUGGUGCUUUUGCUUCAAUCGAAGAUCUGGUGACUAGAUACUCGUUAUUAUAACUCAAGAUGUGGUAAAUGUAUGACGAGUUGUUAUGUUGAGCUGAUAUUAUCAACGUCACACAAACUGUAACCAAGUGGAAUCUGUCGAGAAACAGCAUUACUUUUUCCACUGAAUUGACUAGAUCACUUAAACACGGGCGUCAAAGUGGAACACAAUCUUUCAGUAUUUUCACGUACUUUGAGAGCAGCCACAGAGGUGCAAAACAAUGUAGUAGAAUUACGUAGCUACCCCCAAUAGGACGAGGUUGGGUCCUUGAAAUUUUCCCAAAACAAGUCUGACGGAGCGUGUAUCUAGUUCGAUUAUUCUCAUUGUGUUUCCAAACGUUUCGUAACCACGCUGUAUCUUCUGUAUUCUCAUUCUUCCAUAUUUAGAUGUAAGAGAAGAGCCUCAAAGGCUGAGGUGUCCAUGUAUUUACAAGCAGUUGCCACAACGCUUACCAGUACUGCCUAUAUUUGCAUCACUAAGAAAGAAAAGCUUAGAAGCCUACUAAAGGACUGAAACAUCAUGACAAAAAAGUGAAGAGUGGAACUAGUCUCCCAAAGCCAGUACACGCUUUAGGACGAUUAAGGACGGAUGUAGACUGGUUUCUACUCGUCACCAUAUCUAUUGUCUGAGUGGAGGAAUCUUCGUAGUCGGUCUCCUGC